GAUCAGCUGCUGCGCAGUAUGUCUGCUGUGCAUCCAGUAAGCGAUGGUCUUCCACCGGCACCUCGCCCGAUCGUGCACCGCUGGUUUCCAAGUUGGCGGCUUCUCACCUCCAGUCUCUUGUGCUUAUGCUUUGCUAGCGUGCACAUGAUGAACAGCAACAUGGGUAUGGCAGUGGUGUGCAUGGUGAACUCGUCUGAAUACAUGGACAUCAAUCAAACCACAUCAGAUGAUGAAGAAGCAGCACCUCGACUCAGCUGGACUUCCGAUCAGGAAGGCUAUAUUUUUUCCGCGUUCAACGUUGGCCUUCUGUUGAUGCUUGUUACUGGUUUCCUUGCGGAUAAGUUCAAUGCCAAGUAUAUGAUUGUCACAAGUGUGAGUCUGGCCGUCAUAGCUAAUAUCGUCAUCGCCAAAUUCUCCAAACUCAGCUUUUAUUUCGCUGUAGCAGGCCGAUUCCUUGUCGGCUUUGCGGAUGCCCUUCUACAACCAGCAGUGAACUCACUGAUAACUCGAUGGUUCCCAAAUACCGAAAGGAGCUACGCUCUUGGAUUGGCGACGGGCGGACGUCAACUAGGCACCCUCAUUAUAAUCCCGGCUGCUGGUGCGCUCUGUGCUCAAACGGCACUGUUCGGUGGCUGGCCGUCUAUUUUCUACCUCUCUGCUGCAGUAGGGAUAUUCUUCGUGAUCACUUACUCUGUUAUUGGUGCCGACAAGCCUAGUAAGCAGACGUGUAUUAGCGACGCUGAGUUGAAAUUCAUCACAUUAUCCAAUGCAAGUGAAGAUGUUGGAAAGAAAAGGACCGAGCGAAAAGUGCCAUGGCUGAGAAUUUUGACUUCACCAGCUGUGUGGGCUUCCGUGAUUGCUGUUGUCUGCCAUGAGUUCCCACUGAUGACAAUGAUCAUGUUCCUCCCGUGUUUUGCUGGCAAAUAG